GGGGUGGCAAGAGCUGAGUUGGGUAUUUCCAACUUGGGCUUUCACUUCUACUAAGUGGGUGGGUUGGCCUUCCCCCUCAACGAAUCAAAUUUCUCUUCAGCAUCAAUUUGAAGGGCUGGUCUGGGUGUAUCAGGGUCAGAGAACCCAGGACAGUGGAGGAAGUCAGACUGGCAGCAGCUGAAGACUCUCUGAGGUCCAAAUCACCUGCACACACCAUGGAUGACCAGCGAGAUCUCAUCUCCAACCAUGAGCAGCAGCCCAUGCUGGGAGGAAGCGCAGGACAACAACGGUCCUGUAACCAGGGAGCCUUUUACACUGGCUUCUCUGUGCUGAUGGCCUUGCUCAUCGCUGGCCAAGCUGCUACCGUCUACUUUGUGUACCAGCAGCAGGGGAGGUUGGACAAGCUUACGGUCACUUCCCAGAAUUUGCAGCUCGAGUCUCUGAAGAUGAAGCUUCCCAAACCUGCCUCCCUUCCAGUGAACAAACUUCGAAUGGCUACACCCCUGCUUAUGAGGGAAUUGGAGCCCGAGAGCCUCCCGUCUGUGGACUUGACCAAGAUUGGAAAUAGUACCAAGGACCAAGUGAAGUACUUAUUGCUGCAGUCUGACCCCAGAAGGUCUUUCCCUGAGCUGAGCAAGAGCUUUCAGGAGAACAUGAAGAAACUCAAGAACAGCAUGGAAAGCAAACACUGGAAGGAUUUUGAGAACUGGCUGCACCAGUGGCUUCUGUUUGAGAUGAGCAAGAAGCCCAAGGAAGAGAAGACUGAAGGGAAGACUGAACCUCCUCAGAAAGUUCUGACCAAGUGCCAGCUUGAGGCGAGCCGUGUUCCUCCCGUCCACCCGGGCAUGUUCUGCCCCAAGUGCGACGAGAAUGGCAACUAUGAGCCUCUUCAGUGCCAUGGCAGCACUGGCUUUUGCUGGUGUGUCUACCCCAAUGGUACCGAGGUGCCCCAGACCAAGAGCCGUGAUCGCCAUGACUGCAGUGGUCCCUUGGAUGCUGAGGAGCUGAUUUCUUCUGGACUGGGUCUUCCUAAGCUGCAAUGAUCUAAGAAAAACAAGAACAGCAAAUAGUUCCAGACUUGCAAACUGCAUGGCAGCGCUUGAAUGCUCUGAUUUGUUUACCCAACCCCAGGAGCCAUCCAUCUGUCCCUUCCUUGUCUUCUUCCCCUUCCCCUCUCAGUCAGAAACCCGAAAUCCCACUUUCUCUGGGGCCCAGGUUAGACUCCCAACUUGAUACUCAAGAUUGAACCGGCUGUCUGUGAACAAGGGGCAGGGUUGGGACAACCAACGUGCUCCCGAGACCCAAUGAUGGGGAAGUGAAUCCCACUCCCUUCCCUAGGAGGUACCAAAUAAUCUAUACCUUGUGCUUCGGGGGAGAAUAAAGGCAAACCCAGCAACUUCCCUUCCCCAACCCGAGACCCUUCAUUCCACAACCUACUCCUGCUCCUCUGUAGCAGUGCGCGGCCGCAACAAGCUUCUUAAUCACAUUAACCAGGGAAAGGUUGGGGGAGGGGCGGUGAGAUGUGCAAGCAGUUUUUUUUUCCUUUUCUUGAGUAUUACUGUCUAGCUUAUGCCUCUCCUUCACCCCAGCAUCCUCCAAGAGAACUUCAUUUGCUUGUAAGAAAUGGAAUUUUCCCAUUAAAAUAAAGUAGGAAAACAGAA